GUGCUGUUGAUUUGGUGAGUCCUCCUAAAGUGGCGGAGGACGACGGGCCUUGACAAAUGACGAUACUGACGAGGAGAUUCAAGGCAACGCCAGCUGCGCCCAUCCCGCGGACGGCCGAUAUUCGAUGUUGCUGCGGACGGGCGGGUCGUGCGGCUGUCGGUGCUGUUGGUAGAGGUGGUUGGGAGGGAGGGUCUGGUCGGUGUCGAUCUCGGGGAUGGUCAUCUCGAAGCCGUCCUCGUCCUUGACGGCCCGCAGUGUGUCGCCGUGCUGGAACAGCUGGAAGGCCACGCCGUCGCCGAAGUGGAUGUGGGGGCCGACCAUCUUGAGCUGAGCCAACACGCAGGGAUCGGCCAAAUACGCCUGCACACACAACAUAUCAACACACCACACACCGAUUGAGAGCCAUCCUUUCUCCCUCCCUCCCUCCCUCGGUUGGCUUACCGUCGUGUUUGGGUAUUGGUGCAGAUCGUCACUAGUGAGCCUCACAGGCAGCUGGCAGCUGCCGCACUGCCCCGCCAGCUCGAUCGCCCCGCCCAUCUCAUCCCAGCCGCCCGCCUCAAAUCACACACAGCGCCGCCGGCAGGUCACCCACACCCAGCUGCUGCUGGUCGAAGGUCAGCAGCUGCUGUCCGUUGGCCGUCCGUCGCAGCCCCGCCUCUGCGCUGAGCGAAUGGGUGAGCCGCUGCUGCAGCUGAGGCGCUCCGAAGAGGCCUCUGGCCCAGCUGCAGGACUUCCUCAGACGCAGCACAUCCUGCAGCGGAAAAUCGCUGCCGCGCUGGGCGAGGACGUACCAUACGGGGUGCUGCUGCUGCUGCUGCUGGGGGUGCUGGAUGCCCGUGGAGGCGGCAGCUGCACAACCCGGACCAACCGACCCACCUGAAGGCACCACACAGCACAGCACAGGACAGUAAUUACGAUAUGCAGUCCACCAACAGCAGCUGAUGCUUUGCGUACCUCCGCUAUGCCCACCACUAUCAGCAGCAUGGCUGAUGUCUACGCGUCUACGCUUCUUGGCGCCGCCGUCAUCAGCAGGCACCUGACCAGCAAAUGAUCCACAUACAUGAGCUCCUGUGGGUGUGGGUGUGAACUUGUGCAUACCGCUCUGCCCUGCUGUGCAUUGUUGUCGGUCUCGUUCGGUCCCACAGCACCGCCAGCAGCCAUGCGCUAAGACGGACACACACAAGAAAGGGAUUGACCGGCCUGUGUGUGCCAUUCAGUCAUUGAUCAUUCCAUCCAUUCUCACAUGUGUGUUGCAGUCAGUGGCGAUCUGCGCCAGCUGCUUGCCGAGGGCCGAGUGGGUAUCGCUGAGAGUCUCCAGAACGGUCGACAGGCUGCCGUCCACCAUCUCACCUUCCUGCAACAAAGGCAGAAAGACGGGCUGGCCAGUGAGUGCAGCAGCUCGGCCGUGCGGUCUCUGUGACGACCUGUUUGUUGUCGGUAUGUGUGGCUAUCAUCUGUUCGGCCAGAUCAACACCAGACAGAAAACUAGAGGCAUCCUGAAAGCCAGGAGCGGCGCAGCAAUGUCAGUGUGGAUCCCUCCCCUUCUCCCUCCCCAUCUCACCGAGCGCAUCGCGCGGAUCUUCUGCAGAAGGUCACCACCGCUACCACCGCCACUCCCACCUGUGUGUCACAUUCCCGUCAGGCAAUGAAUGACACACAAACGGGUCGCGCCACGUCCAUCAGUCAAUUGUGUGGUUACACUGCAUGUGCUCUCCAUCCAUUCACCGCUCACCUCUGGUGGACGGCGCCGGGCCGUCACCGUCAUUGUUUGUGUCCAUCGGGAGAACACGCUCACCUAC